AUGUCCACUCCUCAGCCUCAGCUUCAAGGUCCCCUAGCCCAUUGCCUGCCUAGGCUUCAUCUGGAUUCAGUCCCUUUCCACAUUUCUUCCUCAGGUGAUGCAGAUUCCUCCCUUGGAUCUCACCUGCACGAGAGCAGAAACCAAGAUCAGCUCCAGAAAACUAAACUCCUAAACUGCAGCUACCUAUCAGCCCAAAGACGUUGUUGGGUCAUUGCACAGUGUGCUCCUGUCUUUCUGCACAGACUUUCUCUAGUUAAAGCGAACAGGGGCUAUUCUUCAUUGCGGGGCAUCGGCUUCUCGCUGUGGUGGCUUUCCUUGUUGCAGAUCAGGAGUGCUAAGGGCCUCAUAUACGGGUCUGGCCAGGUGUGA